AUGACUGAACCGAGUCGAAGCAGCGAAGAAUUAACAACAGAGGCUGAUAUUGGAAUUCCAACGGGGUUGAAUCGGAUUAAGACUCGGCGAGUAUCUUCAAAGGAUCGAUUGAGUUCCGAACUUGACGAGUUGACUGAGUCUAAGAGUCACGUCGUAGCUUCUUCAAGGCCUCCUGUGAAGGAAAAGCAGAAGCUGAUGGCUCAGGGCCGUGGAAAAGGCGCUUCUUCCAAACGAGGAGAAUGUUACUGUGAUAAUGUGAUGAUGGAGGAAAGCGCAAGGGGAUUGGUGCAAAAUUUUGGGUUAUGCGUUCUUUUAUGGAGUUCUUGGAUGUGCUUGAACCAUUUGGUGAGUGAGACACUGCCAAAGCUGAGUGUCAUGCACUUCUGUCCGGUUGAAGGAAUUGAGUUAAUGUCUAAUUGGAUUUUGUUAGUUGGAUACCGAGCAAAAUCUAUAAAGAUGAGUAAAUAUUUGGUUCUUCCUCUUGUUGAUGGCCCUCCUAGUGUGGUGGUUGGUAAACCAUAUCUCCUUCCGUUCUUAUUAGAAAUGAACGAGAUAUGGUUUCCUUUUAAGCUUAUGCCAUAUGGUGACAUCUGUUCUAAUAGAUUGGAAUCCUGCCCUUAUUUCCAUAAAGGAAAGAACAUAGCUCAAUGGAUUGCAUCUUAUUUCUCCAAGGACGCCAGUCGAGUUAUUAAUGAUGUUCCUCCAAAUGUUGAGGAGGGGAAUUUGGAAGGCAAGAAACUUGACAGAAAGGAAUGUACAGGAACUGAAUUUUCCAGUGCCUGUAAUUAUUUAAAUGGGAAAAUUUCUUCUUCAGAGAAUCCAAACCGGAGUAAAGUGUCAAAAGGCUUAAAAAGUUUUUCACAUGAAUUAGGACCAAAGGGUGGCAUUCCUCAUGCCCAACCGCGGGCUCAUAGCUACAGUGAUUUGAAGGAGCUGUUGGGUUCAUUGCAUUCAAGAUUUGAUGCUGCUAAAGAAGUAGCUAACACAGAGCUGGUUGGUUUAGUAGGGGAUGCGAUGGAUGUCCUUGAGAAAAUUGACUUCUCCUUGCAAGAAGAGCAGAAGUUGUCUGUGGAUCUUCUGACCCUAUCUCGACUCUGUAUUGAGAUGACGUGUUCUCAGUUUCGCACAAAAUGUGAAGACAUUGUUCAAGAUCUGACAGAGAAAAGGCAACGGUGUCAAACAGGAAUCCUCAAGUGGCUGUUUACUCGCAUGCUUUUCAUAUUGACGCGCUGCACAAGACUAUUACAAUUUCAGAAAGGGAGUGAACCAAUCGAAGAGAAAUCUCUUCGUAAAUUGAAAAAAUGUCUAGAAAGUGUUCCUUCUGUUGAAAUGAGCUGGGCUGCCAAGCGUGGGAUUGCUGAUUCUGUUCCCGGUUAUGCAUUAAAUCAGAAAGUUGAUGUCAAACAAAAGUUACCAGGACAAAAUACUGUGUCUUCUCUCCCUGAGGAAAUGUAUUGUCGCUCUGUACAGCCAACUGAUCAGGGUGACUUAAGUUCCAACAAGGAUUCUCUGUUUUCUGAACAAAAGUUGCCAUCUCAAAAAUCCAAAAGCAAUUCAGUUUCACAAGCACAACAUUUUUGUGAAGCCAAUAACUGUUCUACUGGAGAUUUGGGUUACAAUCGGAACUAUGGCUCACUUCAUGAGCAGGGACAAAGUUUAGGUGAUCCUCUUGAUGAGCAGGAGCGCGUUCUAGACGGAUCUGAUUCAGUAAUCUGUAGGAUAUGUGAAGAAAUUGUUCCAAUUUCUCAUCUAGAAUCCCAUUCUUAUAUAUGUGCAUAUGCAGAUAAGUGUGAGUUAAAUUGCCUUGAUAUAGAUGAACGCCUUUCAAAUCUUGAAGAAAUACUGGAACAGAUUAUAGAGUCGCGCAGUAUGAAUUUUCAUCCAUUAUAUGGAAGUCCUGAAAAUUUGAGAGUACAAAGCACAAAUUAUGCCAUUACUGAAGGUCAAUCUCCCAAGAUAAGUGAAUGGAGAAACAAAGGUGUUGAAGGAAUGUUUGAGGACAUACAUGAGAUGGACACUGCCUUUAUAGAUGAUUCUCCCUCACCCUCUGUUAACUUUAAAGGCCACUUGGGUAUAAAGCUAUGCAACUAUGGUGCACCCUCAUCAGCUGGGAGCAUGACAUCAAUUUCCUCUACGAAUACCCCCAGGGCUGGUCAUUUUGAUUCCUUCUGGUUAGAGCAUAACAAUCCAUUCGAGCUAGAAGAUGUCCAACAGAUGAUUGACCUAGCAGACAUAGCACGUUGUGUAGCAGGCACAGACCUUUUAAGGGAAGGCUCAUCUGAGUUUUUGCUUGCUUGUAUGCAAGAUUUGCAGGAUGUUUUACAGCAUAGCAAACUCAAAGCUCUUGUAAUUGACACUUUUGGAGGCCGGAUAGAGAAACUUCUGCGGGAAAAGUAUAUACUUGCAUGUGAUUUGAUGGAUACAAAGAGCCCAAUUACUGAUGGCAGAUCUAAGGAAAAUUCUAGACUUCUGUUCGAAAAUGCAUCUCAAAGCAGUGCAGCAUCAACGCCUGUGCAUUCAUCAAAUAAAGAGCGGACAAGCAUUGAUGAUUUUGAAAUCAUCAAACCAAUUAGCAGAGGUGCCUUCGGAAAAGUCUUUCUUGCACGCAAACGAACAACAGGAGAUCUAUUUGCAGUAAAGGUGCUCAAGAAAUUGGAUAUGUUACGCAAGAAUGAUGUUCAGCGCAUAUUAGCAGAACGUAACAUAUUGAUAGCAGUUCGAAACCCAUUUGUGGUUCGAUUUUUUUAUUCAUUCACUUGUCGAGACAACCUGUAUCUCGUUAUGGAGUAUCUCAAUGGAGGUGAUCUAUACUCUUUGCUGAGAAAAAUUGGUUGCCUUGAAGAAGAUAUAGCUCGUAUAUAUCUUGCAGAACUGGUUCUUGCUUUAGAGUAUCUCCAUUCUCUGGGAAUUGUGCAUCGUGAUCUGAAACCAGACAAUAUAUUGAUUGCACAUGAUGGGCACAUCAAGCUUACAGAUUUUGGACUAUCAAAAAUUGGCCUUAUAAACAGCACCAUUGAUUUAUCAGGACCUGAGACAGAUAGAAAUGCAUCUUCAGAUCCUCCUAAUCCAAAUGCUAAACAAACAGGAGACAGAAAUCGGCACUCAGCAGUUGGGACGCCUGACUAUCUGGCUCCUGAAAUUCUUCUUGGAACUGAGCAUGGUUAUGCUGCAGACUGGUGGUCUGUUGGAAUAAUCUUAUUUGAAUGUAUAACUGGAAUCCCACCUUUUACCGCUGAAAGUCCUGAGAUAAUCUUUGAUAACAUUCUUAAUAGGAAAAUUCCUUGGCCUUCUGUUCCUGAUGACAUGUCAUAUGAGGCCCAAGACUUAAUCAACAGGUUGAUUAUUCAUGAUCCAAGUCAACGCUUAGGAGCAAAUGGAUCGACAGAGGUUAAAGCACAUCCUUUUUUCAGAGGAGUUGACUGGGACAACCUUGCUCUGCAAAAGGCUGCCUUUGUUCCAAACCCUGACAGUGCAGAUGACGCAAGCUAUUUUGUGUCACGGUUUUCUCAAAUGUCUAUCGGAAUGCCAAAUGAUCGAGCUAGUAGCCAUUCUGAUAGAGACUUGUACGACUCAUCUUCAAAUUCUAGUGUUGAGAUGGAUGAAUGUGGUGACCUAGCAGAUUUUGAUUCUUCUCCACUUGAUCUAUCAUUGAUAAACUUCUCUUUCAAGAAUCUGUCACAAUUGGCGUCCAUCAACCAUGACGUGCUGUUAGGAAAGGAUCCAGCAAAGUCCUCUCCAUCUAGAGCUCCAGACACUUAG